AUGAUUCUGCAUCUGGUCAGGACCAGAGGUUUAAUCGUUUCGACUUACGGCGCUGUCAUUGUCUAUUUGAGUGGAUCCCCUCAAGAGCUUUACGAAGAAAUAUUGAACCAUAUUAUGAGUCUAGCACCGGCACUGAAGCAAGUAAACACGGUGUUCACCAAUGAAACAAUUGCUCCAGCUGUACGCGCCGUCCUUCUAAGUGUUGUUACCAGGAUACUGUGGCUCGACUUUGUGAGGUAUGUCAGUGAUUUAUGGGUGAGAAGUGGCUUGGGAAAUGCUCCCAUUGAGAUCCUUCAAUACUCAUGGACUCUAGAUCUAUGUACAGAAGAAAAGUACAAAGAUGGACUCGAAUUUAUUGCUAGUAAAGUGGCUGAGCAAAUUCCCGAGUUUCCACAACUGGCAAUCUUUUUCCAUUUCUUCAAAGAAGGGAACGUUCCCAAAGAACAGAUAGCUCCAAGUCCAGUACAAUAA